GUGAAGUUCUGACAACAAGCACAAGCCCCAUCAUCCAUGAGAACUUCAUGACGGCAGUGGUCAUUCCCCCUGUACAUUCUGGCAAUGUUUCCUUGGGAAAUACCACUCAAGUUCCUAUCUCCACAGUGGGCAUCUCAGGCACACCCAGUCCUGAGCAUCCUUCAACUGUUCAAAGGGGAACCUCCACCACCAAGCCCAUGACAAUGUCAGUCUCUGUAAGUUCUACAGACACCCCUAACAGUGCAGCCAGCUCCACACUCACUGUGGCAGGCCACAACCACAGAACAGCGGACAACACCAAGCAGCCCCGACACCACUCUGGGAUCUUUGGCAGCCACACCACCUUCUAUAACAAGCACCAUUCCUCGGGUCACCUCUGUAGUGUCAACAGCAGAAGGUUCAGGAGGACAAUGGACAUCACCUUCUGCCAGCAUCUCAACGGACACAACACCAGUCAACACCCAAACCCGCCAGACUCAAGGGACGGAGACCUCUGGAGAAACAUACACCACAAAACCUAUCUCUUCAGUGUCAGGCACCACCACAGGGAACAUAUUUUCUCCUUCCUCAUCCAUGGCAAGUGGCAAAACAACUUCAGGACAUGUUUCCCCAGAAACAUCCACCACAGAGGUCCUUACUACAGGGAGAUUGACAGGACAGUCAACACCAACUUCUUUCAGCACAUCUCCUCAGGACCCUUUCAGAAACGAGCACUUUACAAACAACCAUGGCCAUUAGUUUCACUCACAUGCCUACCUUUGUGUCUGUUACCUCACCUAUGUCCAGGGAUGACCACAGCCUCCCUGAGGACCGAAAGUCUAAAGAGCUCAGCAACCACACUGCCCUCAACAGCCUUCCAGACCCUUCGCACCUCCACGCCCAGCACACCCACGGUCAUGCGCUCACCCACUCCCCUAGUCCCUGUCCAACCUGAGAAAGGAGUUUCCCUCUUUCCCUACGGGUCAAGUGCUAAUGACGUGGAGUUCGUCAGGAGGACAGUGGACUUUAACUCGCCACUCUUCAAGCCCCAGAUCGGCUUCCCCUUCGGCUCCUAUCUCCGGGACUCCCUCUACUUCACAGACAAUGGCCAGAUCAUUUUCCCAGAGUCAGACUACCAGAUUUUCUCCUACCCCAACCCACUCUUCAGAGGCUUCACAAGGUGGGACACUGUGGCCCUGGUGGCUCCAUUCUGGGAUGAUGCUGAUUUCUCCAGUGGCCGGGGAACCAUAUUUUACCAGGAAUACGAGACACUCAACAAUGAACACGACAGGCUAGUCUUGCAGGUGGAGUCUUGGAUUCAAAAGUUCACAAACACUUGGCACUACAAAGCCAGGUGGACCCUAAAAGUCACAUGGGUCAAUGUUCCUGCCUAUCCCGCCCAGUGGACCUUUGGGACCAACACCUACCAGGCCAUCCUGUCCACGGAUGGGAGCAGAUCCUACGCUCUGUUUCUCUACCAGAGCGGUGGCAUGCGGUGGGAUGUGACCCAACGCCCAGGCAACCCGGUGCUCAUGGGCUUCUCCAGUGGAGAUGGGUAUUUUGGAAACAGCCCGCUGAUGUUCCAGCCAAGGUGGGAGAAGUAUCGUCCGGACCAAUUCUUGGAUUCCAACUUAGGUAUCCAGGGACUACAGGUCUUCAGGCUACACAGGGAAGAAAGGCCCAACUACCGCCUCAAAUGUCUGCAGUGGUUGAACAACCAGCCUCAGUGGCCCAGCUGGAGCUGGAGCCGGAGCCAGAUCUCCUGCCCUUGUUCCUGGCAGCAGGGAUUAUGGGACUUACGAUUCCAGCCUGUCAGCAAAGGCUGGUGGAGCCUCGGCCACUGGCAGCUGUGCAGCUUCUCCUCCUGGCAGGGCGGUGUGUGCUGCAGCUACGGGCCCUGGGGAGAGUUCCGCGAAGGCUGGAGGGUGCAGAGUCCUUGGCAGUGGGCCCAGGAACUGGAGCCACAGGAGUGGUGCUGCCGCUGGAACGACAAGCCCUAUCUCUGCACCCUGUACCAGCAGAAGUGGCCCCCCAUCAGCUGUGCUGGAUACAGGCCCCCACAGCUCGGCUGGAUGUUUGGGGAUCCCCACAUCACUACCUUGGAUGGUGUCAAUUAUACCUUCAAUGGACUGGGGGACUUCUUGCUGGUCCAUGCCUGGAACAGAAACUCCUCCUUCCUGCUGCAAGGCCGCACUGCCCAGACCAGCUCAGCCCAGGCCACCAACUUCAUUGCAUUUGCUGCUCAGUACCAAUCCAGCAGCCUGGGCCCCAUCACGGUUCAAUGGCUCCUUGAGCCCAAUGACAUGAUCCAUGUUCUGCUUGAUAACCAGACAGUGACAUUUGAGACUAACCCUGAAGACGAAGAAGGCCAGGAGAUAUUCAAUGCCACGGGAGUCCUACUGAUAUGCAACGGCUCCACGGUCUCAGCCAGCUUCGAUGGGUCAGUGACCAUCUCGGUGAUCGCUCUCUCCAACAUCCUCCACGCCUCCACCUACCUCUCAGAGGAUUAUCAAAACAACACAGAGGGCCUCCUGGGGGUCUGGAACAACAAUCCGGACGAUGACUUCAGGAUGCCCAAUGGGUCCACCAUUCCCCAAGGGACCUCUGAGGAGAUGCUGUUUCGCUAUGGAAUGACUUGGGAGCUCAACGGAACGGGCCUCCUUGGUGAGAGAAUCGACCGUCUGCCUUCCAACUUCACCCCCAUCUUCUAUUCCCAACUGCUGGGAAAUAGCUCCUUGAAUGACAAGUUGAUCUCCAACUGCAAUGGGGACAGACAAUGCAUCUAUGACACCCUGGUUACACGAAACGCAAGCAUUGGACUUCACACGAUGAUGAUCUCUAGAACAUACCAGCAGAUGAACAGUACUCUCAAUCAGUUCCCGCCCUCUAUCAGUGGUAGACGUGUGAUUGAAGCCUACAAAGGGCAGACCACUCAAAUUCAGUACACCAGCACCACUGAGGAUGUCACGUUCAUUCUUGGAAACAAUCACACUGAUGUCAAGCUCUUUG